UCUCUUCCGGUCGAUCACGCAUUUCCUCCGCCCACCUACCCAGCCCGUCCGCCGCCGGCCGGCCUCGAACCUUCCAAGUUAAGCAGCUAGCUAGCUAGCGCGGCGGCGAGAAAUGGAGCGUCGUGUCUCGCCGUGGCUGCUGCUGGUGGUGCUUCUGGUGGCCGCCGCGUCCGGGCGGAACGCGCGCGCCGAUCCGCAGGUGCCGUGCUACUUCGUGUUCGGGGACUCGCUGGUGGACAACGGGAACAACAACGACAUCGCGUCGCUGGCGCGGGCCAACUACCCGCCCUACGGCAUCGACUUCCCCGGCGGAGCCACCGGGCGCUUCAGCAACGGCCUCACCACCGUCGACGCCAUCUCUCGGCUUCUGGGCUUCGACGACUACAUCCCAGCGUACGCGGGCGCAAACAAUGAUCAACUCCUGUCCGGCGUCAACUUUGCCUCCGCCGCCGCCGGAAUCAGGGACGAGACCGGCCAGCAACUGGGUCAGCGCAUAAGCUUCGGCGGGCAGCUCCAGAACUACCAGGCGGCGGUGCAGCAGCUGGUGAGCAUCCUGGGGGACGAGGACUCCGCGGCGGACCACCUGAGCCAGUGCAUCUUCACCGUGGGCAUGGGCAGCAACGACUACCUCAACAACUACUUCAUGCCCACCGUCUACUCCACCAGCCGGCAGUACACCCCGGAGCAGUACGCCGACGUGCUCGUCAGCCAGUACACGCAGCAGCUCAGGAUCCUGUACAACAACGGGGCGAGGAAGGUGGCGCUGAUGGGGGUGGGGCAGGUGGGGUGCAGCCCGAACGAGCUGGCGCAGCAGAGCUCCGACGGCGUCACCUGCGUGGCGCGGAUCAACGGCGCCAUCGAGAUCUUCAACCGUAAGCUGGUGGAGCUGGUAGACCAGUUCAACACACUGCCGGGGGCGCACUUCACCUACAUCAACGCCUACGGGAUCUUCCAGGACAUUAUCAGGUCGCCAGGGGCCAACGGCCUGACGGAGCUGACCAAGGGGUGCUGCGGGGUGGGGAGGAACAACGGGCAGGUGACGUGCCUGCCCUUCCAGACGCCGUGCGCCAACCGGAACGAGUACCUCUUCUGGGACGCCUUCCACCCCACGGAGGCCGCCAACAUCCUCGUCGGGAGGCGGGCCUACAGCGCCGCCCAGCCCUCCGACGUCCACCCCGUCGACCUGCAGACGCUUGCGCGCCUCUAGUUAUACAACGACCUGCUUUUCCAAAGAGAAAAGGAAGUUAUGCAGGUCGCAUGCAUCAUCAGCAUCGGAACCCUAUGUGAUGGCUAUAUUUUGUUGGGGUGUGUGGAGUGGUCCGUGGGAAUGAAAGUUGAGUGUUUUGUUACUUCAGUGCACUGCAUACGACAAGCAAGAUGUAUGUAUGUGUGCAUCUGUACAACGUACGUGCUUGUAAGGAGUAUAUGCUAUAGUUACAUUUUUUCGGUUU